AUGGAACAAAACCAUAUACUAGGAAAUUCAAAUUCGGAAUCCCCGAAUUUCCAAGGCUCAGCAGAGACCAUCUCAAUACCCCAAAAUAAUCACAAUUUAACUAAAAAUUGCAGCUUAGCAGAGCUGCCAUAUCAAAACCACCAAGAAAUAGUUCACCUCUCUGAACAGCAGCAAAAUAUCAAUUAUCAAGGAGCACAUAACAACAAAUGCGACAUCGGAGAACUUAAAAAGAAUCCAGAACUGUAUCGUAAAAUGCUAAACGAAGUAAUAAAACUUGAAAACGAAAAAAUAAGGCCCACAUCUUAUCUGCUUCGCUUCCGUAUGCAUUAUAAGACUUUAUUUGAAGAAAAACUUGUGGUUGUAGGGGGUGAAGAAUUUUUGGGUGAUUGGGACCCGAAUAAAGGACUUGAAUUAGAAUGAAGGGCUGGGGAUUAUUGGGAGAUUUCUAUACUAAUUGGAGAAGGCGAACUUCCGGAAUUCGAAUAUAAGCUCUUUUAAAUCAAAAAAAAAUAUUAAAGUUAUUGCAGAUUUAAAAAAAAAAUAGUAAAAUUAUGGCUAAUAGCCCAAGACAAAUUAAUUAAAAAAGAAUAAAUAUGUUUGCCUCAAAAGAAACCACGCUUUGUGGGAAAACGGGCCAAAUAGAAUUUUUAAAAUCAGAGAUGGGGUAAAGAAAGGCUCAACUUUAUUUUUCAAUAAAGAAGACUGUUGACAAAAAUAA